CAACUGUAGGUGCCACUUCCUUGACCUUCAAAUUCAUCGUGACGCCCGCGAGACUGGCCACUUUGUCAAGAGCAGCUGCGCGGUACUGUCAAGACCGACGACUCGUCUCGCUAUGAGGUCUUACAGGCCCUAAACCAAUGCCAGCAACUUACGAACCAGCUGAAGAUGCCAGUCCUGUUCCACCCUGGUCGAUUGCGAUCCUCUCUGAGCGCGAUCUGUCUCUGAGAGUUCCCAUUAACUUUGUCACAAGACCGGGCGUAUCUCUUCAACAGGCUUGUUUUGGUCACCGCGUUUUUGAGAGCGAUGCUGCGAUCACAUGCUUCAGCAACCUUCUGGCGGCAGGCUUCCGCCGGUUCGAAUGGGAUUUAUACUGGGAUUCGGACAGGAGAGUUUGGAGCUUCUGUCCCAUCCAGAUCCCACUGUCCUAUUCUAGCGGAACAACGAGCUCGACCCAGCUGUCCUUCAACGCAUCCACAGUUUCUGUUUCGGACGCGGUAAUAUCGCCCAGGGCAUUCACCCAAUCUGUCUCCGGCCGUUUCGACGCCGAAACGUCGGCCACGCAAAACUCUAAACGCCAAGCGUCUUCUACAAAGCUGAAUACAGAUGGAUCUACUGUUGGGCCUACAUUGGGUGGCUCAACAACGACGCUCUCGUCCACAUCUACAGCUCCUAACCCCGCCGCCACUGCGGGGGACUUGAUCCCUCUUGGAACCUAUUCGUGUUCGCCCUCAAUAGACCUCCCUAUUCUAGAAGCAGUUCUUGGCCAGUUCUUUGAAAGCACGUCCAACACGCUGGAUGCAUAUAUCAUCUACCUGACUUUGAACUUGCACGUGGCCGCACCAUCAGAUUCAACUGUGCCUGGCACCCCAAACUCUACCUCGCUACCUGGACCGCAGGAGUAUAUCAGCACGUUGCUCCGUGUAAACUUGACAUCAUAUCUGUACACCCCGGAUGCCUUGGCGCGCGAGCGAUCUGAUGUCAAUUCGUCAUGGUUUAAGGCCGCUCCUGAUGCUCAACCGUUGGAGGGAUACUUCAACAUUACACAUCAAGGUAGUGAUUAUAUCAGCGAUAACGGCUGGCCAAAUGGAAUUGGCCUUGCCUUUGAUGAGCAGCGCCGUCUCUUGGCCGAAUAUGGCCAAAUCGUCCCACAGCUGGCAUUGUACAACCGUACUGUCGAUGAGGAGACCAUCUUUCCGUCAGGAUACCUUCGAUCAGAGCAAACAAGUGUGCAGAUAAGCUCUUCCGGUGAGGUCGAUUCUGGCUGUUUGUACAACGCCAAUGAUCUCACAGUUGCGGGAAAUAACAAUUCGUGGGCAAGCUUUUCCUUGACCCAAUUUCCUGCAACCGAGCAGCAGAACUUUACGAGUCUCCCGAUAGAAGAAGUUAUGAAUCUUACCUCGUGUGGCAUUGCGCCGUUCCUGAACGCAACUAUAUUCAACAAAACGGCUGAUCAAGAACCAACGAUCUAUGGGGACUUUGUCCGAAGUACGACAUGGUCAUGGGCUUACGGUGAGCCGCGAAAUGUCUCGUCAAGCGAAGAAAAUGCCUCUAAAGUUCGCUGUGCAGCCAUGGACAUGGCGCUCAAUGGCCGCUGGCGCGUCGUUGAUUGUACUGAAAGGCACUAUGCCGCUUGCCGUGUGAGUGGCGAGCCGUAUGUAUGGCGGAUGUCUUUUUCAAAGACAACGUAUUCGUUAUCAGACGACAAUUGCGAUGAGGGACAGAGUUUUUCAGUGCCACGAACGCAACUGGAGAAUGGGCACCUGCUGCGCCAAAUGCAGAAGGAACUGUCGGACGAUCAUCUAUUGUGGCUAAACUUCAACUCACUGGACGUUGAAAACUGCUGGGUGACGGGUGUCAAUACAACUUGCCCUUACCGUGAUAGGUCUCAGGAUGACAAAGGGCGCACCAUCAUUGUGCCCACUGUUGCAGCUAUUAUUGUGUUGAUAGUUACAGCGCUAACCUUGCUUGUCAAAUGCGCCGCAAACAGGCAGACGAACAAGCGACGCAGGAGGCGUGGCCUAUCUUACGACUUCCCGUAUGAAGGCAUCCCGCAGUGAGAAUUGGGUCGCAAUGUUCACUACUUCGCCUCCUGGGGUCUCUGCAUACAUUUCCUAGUCGGCAGCAAAUGGCUGACUUAUUUCUUACAUCGCGCGCUACAGCCAUAGUAAUCGCUCUUAGCCAAGAGUUUAACAUUGUAUGCUGUAAUCUAACCAAAUGAAAACUACUUUAUUGAAGUUGCCGACUUCGAACUUGUCCUGAGAAGCAUGUUUCACAUUCAUGGCUUGGU